GGGUUUUAGCUUUGGGGAAGAAAUGGUUAAGAAGAAGACGAUUCGGCAGAAAGUGCGUGAGAAAUCCGCAAAAGUCCAGGAAAAGAAAACCCAAGAAGAGAACGAGACAAAGAAUGUGGAAGCUGAAAGAGAAAUCAAGCUGAGUGUCAGGAGGAAACUGGCGAAACAAGAGCGGUUUCUAGCAAAAUUGCGAGAGACACAGACUGCGUUGGCCAAGGCAAAGAAGCCAAAACGAAGAAACACAAGAACAACUCUGCAGGAUUUAUCUUCACUGGGAGAGUUUCUCCCUGACGUUCCAAACCAGCAGCGAGUUUGCACCAAGAAAUCUAACAUGAGACAAAAGCAUCGACAACAGCUCAUAAUCAGAGAAACGAAGCAGCUGGCAGCUGUUUUAUCACAUCCACAGUUUCAACAAGAUCCCUAUGCAGCAGUGCACCAGCAUCUUGUGAACACAGUUCCAGAAUAUGAUCACAAAAAAGCAAAGUAGCAGCAUCAUUGUCUUUCUUAAAAGAACCUAAAGCCCUAAACCCAAUACACGUAGAUUUAAUCAAAUUCAAACAAACAUUCCUUGUC